UGAGGUGCCCAUUAGCUGCUCUGCUGUCCUGGCAGUGUGGGAGCCUGUCCCAAAGGCACUUGCUGCCCGUGCCUCACUUUCCCCUGGUGAGUGGGGUGAAGGGGCUCCUGGGAUGUGGGGGCCAUGCUGUGCCCUGGGGACCACAUCCGGGCUGGGCAGGGUGCAGGGACCUGGCACAGUGCAGAGAUCCAGCACAGCACACAGUAUCCGGCACAACACCAACCUGGGCACAGGGGCUGUGGCACGGGUGGGCAGGGGACGGGAGGGGAGCUGAGGGCUGCAGCAGCCCCAGCACUGCUGGCAGCACCUGUCUCAGCCCCCCAUCCCCAGCACGACUGUGGGCAGGACAGGAUGAGACUCAGGUCGUGGGAACCUCCCAUGGGAAGAGAGGCUGGAGGGGCCAGGGGCCAUGCCUGAGGCUUGGCCAGCACUGCCCACCUCUGCCAGCCCCGGAGUUGCUGGCUGCUGGCCGCAGGCCUUGGCGGCACGUCCGUCCGUCUGUCCGCAGGGACCAGCACUGGACGUUGGAGCCCCGCUCCGCCCUGGACAGCCCCGGGGAGGAGGGGCUGGCCGCCCCCUCGCUGGCCGGCGCGGGAGGCUGGGCUGCUGGCGGGUUUUAACGGGCCGUGCUGGGGCCAUGCAGCAGAGCGAGAGCGGCAGCAACGCGGCAGGGCCGUGGGCGGCAGGAGGAUGCAGCCGGACAUCCCUGUCGGUGACACGGCACUGCGCAGCCCACCGGCCCCCGAGCCAGCCGGUGGCCCCUUCCCUGUCCCUGAGGCCACCAAGCCACCCUACAGCUACAUCGCUCUCAUCACCAUGGCCAUCCAGAGCGCGCCCGAGAAGCGCAUCACGCUCAGUGGCAUCUACCGCUACAUCAUGGGCCGCUUCACCUUCUACCGCGAGAACAAGCAGGGCUGGCAGAACAGCAUCCGCCACAACCUGUCCCUCAACGAGUGCUUCGUCAAGGUGCCCCGCGACGACAAGAAGCCAGGCAAGGGCAACUACUGGACCCUGGACCCCGACUGCUACAACAUGUUUGAGAAUGGCAGCUUCUUGCGACGCCGCCGGCGCUUCACCAGGAAAAGGGGUCUCCAGGACACACCAGGCAACGAGGGGGAUGAGGGGCGUGGGAAGCCACCCAGGCACCGGGCACGGGGGCCACCAGCCACCCCACUGCCCAAGGAGGGGAAAGCGGAGGGGGGCUACACCUCACCAGCGCCUACGGGGAACAUGCUGAGCCCCCCAGCACUGCCGGAGGAUGCUGGGGUGCUGGGAUGUGCUGAGCCCUGCGCCCCACGGCAGCCACCCAAGGCCAGGCAGCCCUGCCUGUACCUGCCAGAUGCGCCACAGCCCAAGGGGCCGUUCUUCGCCCCCCCCGAGAGCCGCCCACCCAAGGAGACUGUCUUUGGGGGGCUGCCGGCCGCGCUGCAGCUGCCCCGGCCAGGUCAGUACCCGCUGCCCAGCGAGCACCCAGUGCCGCACCCCACCUUGCUGCCCGCUCUGCUGCCCUCCCAGCCCAGGGACCCCCCGCAGGACUCCCCGGCCCCCCCAUGCACCCCCCCGGGACAGCUGGCGGGCGAGGAGGCGGCUGCCCCUGGGCUGGGGGCAGGUCAGCCCUUUGGGCAGGUGUCCUCCACGUUCCCUGGCACCCUUCUGGGCACGGGCAAGGCCCCCCCAUCCUGCUUCCUGGAGGGGGAGGGCUACACGCAGGCCCCCCUGCCCGUUUUUGGCUCCUUUGGGCGGCCAGGGCCUGAGACGCUGGGUGGCAGUUACCAGUGCCGGGUGCAGGCGCUGAGCUUCUGCGUGAAGGAGCGGCCAUGUGGUGCGGCACUGGAGCAUCUCCUGGCCACGGCCCCCCCAGCCCCAGCCGCCCCCCGCCAGCCGCCCUUCGGGGCCGUGGGGCCGCGGGCUGGUGAGCAAAAGGAGCCAUGGGGGCUGGGGGGUGCGAUCCCACUGCAGGGGGGCAACGGCUAUGCUCUGGGGCUGCCCCCCUGCCUCUACCGGACACCUGGCAUGUUCUUCUUUGAGUGAGGGACUGGCCCCACCAGGAGACCCCCAGCACUGAAUAAAGAACAUUCCCGAAUGCUG